AGCCGUGUCUUCUGCUGUUGGCAUCCAUGCGGGGUUGUUUAUUGCAGUUUUGUCCGGUUUAUUUAUUUUUUUUUUUCUACCGGGCUGAAUUGGUACUUUUUACAACGUAAUUAGAACAUCACACAGUGGCAAGAAUGCCCGUGGUUACUUCCUGUGCUGUUAAGCUCAACAAGCAUGGGAAACGAAGAAAGCACACAUGGGUUCCACAGUGACGUUUGGUCGGUUUGGUUACCUAUUCUGCCUUUUCUCCUGAUCAGUGAAUAAUGGGUUUCAUGGAAGUGGCAGCGUUGAAAUUCUCCGACAAAAAAACCUGCUUCAUUAGCAUUCCACGAGAUUGGACCAAUCUUCCCAACUUGGUGAAAGAUAACCUACCCGUCUAUGAAAUCAGCACAAUAUCGGAACAGAAGUGUUACUUUUCUUGGAAUGGGGAUUACUCGGUGUCAACACAGUGGAGAGCUGCUGCUCCUUCUGUCAACAUCAAUGCUGUCUUGGCGCAACAACUUGGAUUCACAGAAGGCCAGGAAGUUGUUGUUUGUCAGAAGAGUGAAACUCUGCACCAGUGCCGUCAAGUGAUAUUAAAACCUGUCGUUCCCGGCGACUGGGAAAUACUCAACAUCAACCAUUCCUUCGUUGAAAACAACCUGAUGAACCAGAUCCGUGUCAUCUGGUGCGGAAUGGUAUUUCCAGUUUGGGUUCAUUCAAACGUCUACGUACUCGUGAAAGUUGCGAGCAUGACUCCGAGUGUGGAUCCGGUGCUUCUCGUCAACAACACUGAGGUUGUCGUGGUACCGGACCUCGGAGAGCAACCCAACCCGCGCCCGUACCUGUCUUCUUCCGUCGAGCCCAGCACGACACCUCAACCGGCAAACGUCAUCAGCGCACUCAAAUCGCUCGUCUCAUCCGUGUCUUCCACAGUGUCGCGUGCCAUACUAGCAGACGGCACUACGUCAUCGUCGAGCCAAGAAAGCGAGACAUUGUUAGCUGCAUCCGAAGCGUCCCCCACGGACUUUAGCAUUCAACACGAACCCUCUCUCGUCUGCUUCGACGACGUGUCCAUCGUCGGGAGGGCGCUGCCGAGCACCCUGCUUCUGCAAGUGGAAGAUCUUCCGGACGGAAUUUCCGAAGGAUUGCUCGCGCAGCCGACGACGGUGUUCAUCUCGCGGACGUUGUUGGGCGGACAUUUUGAGUGCACACAACCGAUAACGUAUCUCGCAAAGAUUACAAAAUUAGUGUCGUCGCUAGAGAAGAGCCUCAAGUCGGAAACAAAGGCCAAAGAAGAGACAUCCAGCGAGAAAGCGCUGAGGAAGUUGUUGGACUGCGAGAGUGCCGUUGUAAGGGUCCUCGUGGUUCCCCUGACAUGGACGCAGUUUGAUUUUCUUCAUGGGACCGACACAGUGUUUGUGUCGGAUGUUCUCAGGAGGCAAAUUGGACUGGAAUUUGCGAAGAAGGUGGCGCUGCGAUCGACGUCUUCCCCGGCCCAUGUUGUAGAAAGCAUCACAUUGCAUCCUGUGAUGAGAUAUGAUCCCGCUACCCCUCAUUCUAAGGUGGUAUCCUCCUUCAAGCAGUGGGUGUCCAGCUGCACCGGCGGAGGUCAUCCCCUGGUUGUGUCCUCCGGCUUGUUAGUCAUGCUGAUGCUCGAGAACAAUCAACAAUCCGGGUUUCUACUCAAAGUCAACCUGCAAAAGGUAUGCACACAGAAAUCGAGCGGGGUUGAGUUCGGUUUCCUGAGCGGCAAUCUUCCUGGAAUCGACGUCAACGUCGGAGAUUCAACGACGCCCCAGUCAUCUAGAGGUGUUAAGCCCCUGCCAGUGCUCUUACUGAGUGAUCUCAAUCCUGAAAGGAUACAGCUCGAUCUUGACAUGUUAGGGGGCGUCUCACACUUGUUCAAGCAGGGCUUGUCACAUCUGGCCAUGGCGACAUCCCUGUCACCAUUCGCCAAGCAGUUGAAGAGUGACUUGCCCCUGUCCAGUACAGUUCUGUUGAUCACUGGGCAGAAGGGCAGCGGAAAGUCCACCCUGGCCCGUGCUUUCGCAGCUCAACUGAGUCGAUUUCCAUCCUCGGUGCACGUGUGUGUCAUGCAGUGCACCAGUCUCAGGGGCAAACGAGCAGACAAGGUUGGGAAGGAGUGGGAGAAGGUGGUAGCUGAGUGCGUCUUCCGGCAGCCCUCAGUCUUUAUACUGGACGACCUCGACGUAAUUGCGGGUUCCGUGGCGGGACCGGAGCAGGAGUCCAGUCCCGAUGCGCUCUACUUCUCCAGGAUGGCAGACGUAUUCCUCGGAACCCUAAGAAACCUCCGCUACGCAAGCCCCAGGGUGGCUGUCAUAGCGACGGGACGAUCGUGGGAGGCGUUUCAUCCCAAGCUGACGGCUAGCCACGGAAACCACGUCUUCUACACAACCUUAAACAUCGAUGGACCCAGUAAGCGUGAACGCCGGGAGAUCCUGGAAUGCCUGGUGCGACAAAGACCACAUUUGUCUCAAGGUUUCAACCCAGACGAGAUUUCCGCAAACACAGAGGGAUGCUAUGCUCGAGACCUAUUGGCGCUUCUUGACAGGGCCACUCAUUCUGCUUGGCUCAGAUCUGCUGGUGAUGGUGGGGAGACAGUGGUACUCACAGACGAUGACUUUCAGUAUGCGUUGGAGGGCUUUUGUCCCUCAACUCUAAGGGGCCUUAACCUGAAAGCAGAAGAGACGCUCAGAUGGGAUGAUGCUGGGGGACUGGCAGACGUUAAGCAGGCGCUACAGGAAGUGUUUUUGUGGCCAGUCAAAUAUCCAAAUCUGUUUGUGAACAGUCCCAUCCGACCACUCUCAGGACUCCUCCUCUAUGGUGCUCCUGGGACGGGUAAAACCCUGCUGGCUGGAAUUGUAGCAUCCGAGUGCGGAGUCAACUUUAUCAGCAUAAAGGGCCCAGAAUUGCUUUCAAAAUACAUUGGUGCCAGUGAGCAGGCUGUACGAGCUGUCUUCCAGAGAGCACAAAGUGCCAAGCCCUGUAUCAUAUUCUUCGACGAAUUUGACUCCAUUGCUCCUAGGCGAGGCCACGACAGUACGGGCGUAACUGACCGUGUUGUAAACCAGCUGUUGACCCUCCUCGACGGUGUUGAGUCUAGCUCAGGUGUGUACAUCCUGGCUGCGACAAGUCGGCCUGAUCUCAUUGACCCAGCUCUGCUUCGGCCGGGACGUCUAGACAAGUGCCUUUACUGCCCCCUACCUAAUGAGGAGGAGCGGGCGAGCAUCCUUCACGCUCUAAGCCGUAAACUGGACUUGGCCGACGACGUGGACCUACGGUCCAUAGCUCGCAGAACGGACUUCUUCACUGGUGCCGACCUCCAGUCCCUCCUGUACACAGCACAGCUACAAGUUGUCCACGAGACCUACCCAAAGGGUAACCAGACGGCUGUUCCAACAGAGUUACGCUCUUCGGAUGAAUCCUUCUUUUGCGCGGGCCCGCCGAUCGAUGAUGGACAACUGCUGCACGAGGUGUCAGCACUGUCGCAGAGGAUUUCAUCUCCCAACCGACGUCGGACGCGAACCGAAAGUAGCGGCGUUGCAUUCACCGUCCAUCAGCGACACCUGGAAGCAUCCUUGAACCAGACCAAAGCCUCGGUUACACCGCUUGAGAGACAACGCUUUAACAACAUUUACACCUCGUUCCGUUCACCUUCGGCCGUAGGCGCUGGUCAGAGAGUGACUUUAGCGUGACGUUCUACCUGGAACGCGAAAGAUGAAGACUUAUGUAGCACUUUUUUUUAUCGUAUUGUACGCUGACGAGCAUUGUCAAGUAACCAACGAAUGGUACAAAGAAACAGGUACAACAGAAUCUCAUCUGCUUGCUUUUUGUUGUAAGACUACGUAAAAAAAAAGAAAAAAGAAAUCAUAAAAUGAACCAGUUUCAUCGGAAGUGGUGCUGUCCCGCACCGUUUCUGAGAACGCUUGAAAACAGACGUAUACGUGAGAGCAGCCCGUUUACAACCAGGGUACGGGCACCGGAGGUUCGAUAUACCGCAUAGUGCAUGGGACACUCCUGCACUCAAGUUCGCGUGGGUUUUAAAAGGUUUGAAAGAGGUUUCAUGUUGAACUAUGAGACGCCGAUGAUUGAAUAUGAUGGGAAAAGUGCGUGUACGCGUUCAUGUUGAACCGAAAAAAAAAAAAAAAAAAUCUGCUAUGACACUCGAAGCUGUAUUGAAAGACCACAAACAUUAUCAGUCUACGAUUCUGUGUGAAACCAUUGGAAGGUGCUUCGAGUGGUACAUAAUAAAGAUAUGGCAGAAUGCUU